UCAUGACCUGAGCUGAAGCCAGAUGCUUAACUGACUUAACCAGGUGCCCCUUAACCUCUUUCAUUCCUACAGAAACCAUCUGAGUGCUGUCAUUGUACCCAUUUCACAGAAUCUAGAGGAAGUUGACAAAGUGUGACAACAGCACGGCACAGUAUGUGGUGGAGACUUUGCAGCUUGCUGGCUUGGUUCCCCUUACAAGAAGCCUUUCUGACUAACCACACGGAAACAGUCACUGUGGAGGAAGGCCAGACGCUCACUCUCAACUGUGUUGUUUCUCCAGAGAAGACCAUCUCCCUGCAGUGGCUGGCCCCGUCAGGGUUCACCAUUUUUUUAAAUGAGCAUCCUGCUUUACAAAAUUCCAAAUACCAGCUUCUUCACCACUCCACCAAUCAGCUCUCCAUCAGCGUGCUUAACGUCAGCCAGCGGGAUGAAGGCGUGUACAAGUGCUUACAUUACAGUAACUCCGUGAGAACAAAGGAAGUAAAAGUGAUGGUGCUAGCAACACCUUCCAUGCCAACCCUGGAAGCUUCAGUUAUCAGAACGCAAAAUGGAAAGGAACACGUUACACUUAGAUGCUCCACUGUGAGAAGUAAGCCCCCUCCGCAGAUAACAUGGAUUUUAGGGAAUGACAUAGAGCUCUAUGGUGAAACCCACCAUGAAUUUGAAAUGGAUGGGAAGAAAUGUAAUAGCAGCAGCCUCCUCAGAGUCCACACAUAUGGCAAAAACUCAACAGUGAACUGCAUCAUCCGACACAAAGGUCUACAGGGAAGAAAACUGGUAGCACCUUUCCGAUUUGAAGAUUUGGUCACUGAUCAAGAGACGGCUUCAGAUGCCCCGGAGAAAAGCUCCCCAUCCUCUCAAGACCCUCAGCAGCCCGCUAGUACCGUUGCAGUAAUGGAAGAUUCUAGUACAACAGAGAGUGACAAGGAAGAGAAAGAACAAACCACUCAGGACCCUGACUUGGCCACUGAAGCCAAUCUUCAGUACUUAGGAGUGGUACGGAAGAAAAAUGGCAUUCUGCUGCUCACACUCGUGUCCUUCCUGAUCUUUAUACUCUUCAUCAUCGUCCAGCUCUUCAUAAUGAAGCUUCGGAAAGCACAUGUGGUGUGGAAAAGAGAAAAUGAAAUCUCAGAACACACUCUAGAAAGUUACAAAUCAAGGUCAAAUCAUGAAGAAACAUCAUCCCAAGAGAAAAAUGGCCAAACUUUCCACUCUAAGAGCUACAUUAACUACAUCACACAGUUGUACUCAGAUGCAAAAACGAAGAGGAAGGAAAACGCACAAAAUCCAAAAUUAGAAGGAGAGCCCACUCAUAUACCAGAGAGCAUUGUGUAGUGCUUCCUGCAACAGAAAAUUGGAUUUCGGGGCAGCCGCAUCAUCACAGUGGAGCAGCCUAUGGGAAGGAGCAUCAUUACUGUCACAUGAAAAAUAUACUUUGCGUGCAAUGCAAGAUGGUGCCUUGCCAGGGCAAUCUGCCCUGGAUUCAGAGCUGUUAAAUGAGGACCAAACUGUAGACACAAAGCUUCAUACUUAAAAAAAGAACGAACGAAGGAAGGAAGGAAGGAAGGAAGGAAGGAAGGAAGGAAAGAAA